UUUAUUUUUUAAAGCUUUAUUACACCGGAAGUGUAGCCACAGUUGGCUUAACGUUGGGUAUCCGGUAAGUCUGCGGGGCGGAGAUAAGAACGAAGCUCGGGGGAGUCGCUGCCUGGAAGCGGCUGAUUCACGACGGAGUAACGGGAGGUGAUCGGCUGGGCCCGAGCAGAGCGCAUCAUGAUGGGAGAGGACUUGUUCUUACUGUGGCUCACAUGCGUUUGUAUCGUGCACAGCUUGGGGACGUUGUCUCACGUGGAGCGUUACGAGGUGGUCCGACCUCAGAGACUCCAGGAGAGACACAGGAGGAGCCUUCAGGACCACCCGCAGCUUUAUCCUGAUACAGUUCGGUACGAGUUGGCCAUCGAAGGGAGAAAUCACACAAUUCUUCUGGAAAAAAACAGGAACCUUAUUGGGAGAGACUACACUGAAACACAUUAUACUGAAGAUGGCAAACGGGUGACAACAUCACCGAAACAAGAUCAUUGCUACUAUCACGGUCACAUCGAAGGCGUGGACGACUCCUCGGUGAGCGUGGGGAUUUGUUCUGGCAUGAGUGGCUUCCUGAGAGCCCGGCAGCAGGUUUACCUGAUCGAGCCUCUGGGGCAGACGGACGAUGGCGAUCAUGCCGUUUACAGACAGGAGCACCUGAAAAUCAGCGGCAGGCCCAGCUGUGGCUCUUCAUCCAACACCACCCUACUCUACGACCAGGACCAGGGCCCUCAGGUCGCUGGACUCUUCAGGUCCAGAUCAUGGAAAUCGAAUCCCACGCCGGGUCCUCAGAGGUUUGUCGAGCUGUAUGUUGUGGUGGACAACGCUGAGUAUAAAAAAUAUGGAAGCAAUACUGAAUCCCGUAUCCUCGGAGUCGUGAAUCACAUCGAUAAGCUGUAUCGGCGUCUGAACAUCCGCGUCCUGCUGGUGGGGUUGGAGAUUUGGUCGAACAAAGACCUCAUCGACGUCAGCCACAGUUCAGAAGCCACGCUGGACAAGUUCCUGGCGUGGCGUCAGGACGACCUCCUGCUGAGGGUGAAGCACGACAACGCCCAGUUUGUGACCUGGAGAGAUUUUGACGGAGAAACAGUCGGGCUGGCAAAUAAGUUCGCCAUGUGCACCGGAAACUCAGGAGGCGUGAAUCAGGAUCACAAUGAAAACCCAAUAGGCCUCGCCUCCACUAUCGCCCAUGAGAUGGGACAUAACUUUGGCCUUUCCCACGACGCUCCAGACUGCACGUGCGGUUCCACCUUCAGCGGGAAGGAUUGUGUCAUGGCAGAAAAGCUCAGGGCAGGAAAUCAAAUGUUCCCGGAGUUGUUCAGCAGCUGCAGUCUUUCUCAGCUCGCUGAAUUCCUGGAGCGAGCUCAGCCCAGCUGCCUGCAAAAGCCCACCUCCUCCAGGAUCAUCGCCGUGGGCCCCCGCUGCGGCAACGGCAUGAUGGAGCCCGGAGAGGAGUGCGACUGUGGCACGGUGGAGGAAUGCAACAAUCCCUGCUGCGAUGCCUCGACUUGUCGGUUGACUGCAGGAUCCCAGUGUGCUCACGGACAGUGCUGUGAGAAGUGUCAGUUGAAGUCAUCUGGGAGCGUGUGCAGGCAGUCAGCCGGGACCUGCGACCUGCCCGAGUUCUGCACCGGACUGUCGUCGGAUUGUCCUGAAGACAGCUUCGAGAUGAACGGCAAGCCCUGCUACAAAACGCUCCAGGGCAGCGGCACUGUCCAGGGAUACUGCUACAACGGCCAGUGUCCCACCCAGGAGCAUCACUGCUGGAGGCUUUUUGGACCAGGGGCCCAGGUGGCACCAGAUUUAUGUUUCAACCUGAACCAGCGUGGCGAGGAAGGCGCUAACUGUGGGAAGAACAAAUUCGGCUUCAUUCGUUGUGCUCCACAGGAUGUUAAGUGCGGAUCGAUGUUUUGUGAGGAAGGAGGCGAGUCUAUCACAGGGAAACGGGCAAGCUACAACACAAUGUACGGCAAAGAGUGCAAACUCGCCGUGGACGACGAUAAGAGGAGAAACCUGGACAUGGUGCCGAGUGGCACGAAAUGUGCGCCGGAUAAGGUUUGCCUCAAUAACAGAUGUGUGGAUGUGUCAGCCUACGGGAAGAGGGAGGACUGUGCAAAGAAGUGCAACAACAACGGAGUGUGUAAUCACAGGAACGAGUGCCACUGUAAUCCCGGCUGGGCUCCUCCCAAAUGCAACGUCCAGUACGCGGAUUUACCUCAAGAUCAGGUUGGGCUGAUAGCCGGUGUGUGCGCAGCAGUCUCCAUCCUGCUGGUCGUCACUCUGCUGAUUGCUGGGCUGAUGUGCUGUAAGAAGGACGACAUGGAGCGCUACAUCGCUACAAGGAAAGUGCAUUCAGCUGAAGGGAAGCUGAACCCGUCGUUCCAAGAAGGAAGUGGUAAAGAAAGACCUCAGAUCAGUCAGCCCACCUUCAUGGAGACCACAGCGAAACAGGCCUGCACCCCUCUGAUGGGUCGAGUGACCCCCUGCAGACCCGCCCCACAGCCACCGCUGAAACCGUCUUCAUCGUCAGUCACGUCGGAAACUGAGCCGAUGAAACCUCUACCUCCAUCUAAACCUUUACCGCCUCUGAAUAAAACACAGGUGAGCGCCAAAGCAGAGAAUUUUAAACACUUUUCCCCAGGACGUCAUAUAAAGGUCACUCGUGUUUUAUUUAUUUUCAUUGAUUCAUUCAUAUUUAGAUGUUCUUUCUGGGGAUCAAUAGGAAUCAACUGGUCUGCCCAAACAUUUUCCAGCUCUACGUUUUUUAUUUUUGGACUUACUCGAGUAGCUUUGCAUGAUUCACAACUCAAAAUAAUCCUUAUGCAUGUCACACUGGGCCUUCGUGAAGCUAGAGCUCAUCAGCUGUCUCAAACAAACAGAUUGGGUGACUCUUUAAAAACAGAGUUGGAAUACGUGACAAUAUAAGGGAUCUCCAUGACAUCAUGCAGAGCCAUCAUUAUUUGAAACUUUAGUUUAACAUGAGCAUCCAUCCCGAUGACAGGAAGCAGUGUUGAGGUGCAGAAGUUGCUAAUUUGCUUUCAUAAAUUCACCUAA